CAUGGAUGGUGGUCCAGCUCGGCUUGACUUCCAUUAUGGAACACGUGACCAGUUGAGUGGCUCAUGGAGAUUUUCUGUCCGCCUGUUCUCAGACGUGUUUCCGACUUCCUUAGGUUUCUAAACGCUGGGCUCCUUGUGUCGUUCUCUAUUGUACCCUGGCAUACGAUCGGUUACGUCGUUCGCUGACACAGCGGUAUCGCUCUAGGUCUGAUCUAGAAGGUGGGAGCGAUCUACUUGUCACAAACUGCUCUCACGGCGAUCGUCUUCUCGUAGUGAGCACACGAUAAAGCGCUUUGUAGCGAGCUUAGGAGACCCAUCGCUAUAACCUUAUCCGCAUGGCCACGCUGAGCAGCUGGCAGGCGGACCCGCUCUUCCCGGCAGCGGAGGAGGUGCAGGACUCAGCCGACAGGUUGCGGUCCAGCUUCCACCAAUGGCAGCAGCUGGCGGCAGCAGACGCGGCAUGGUCAGGAUCCGGAUCGGCGAGGGUGGACGAGGAGGGGGUGAGGCUCGUGCUCGUGUCUGCAUGCGACACCCUGAAAUGGCAGCUCGAGGAAUUUGAGCGCGCUGUGUUCCGCGAUGCCGCUUCUUCCGCCUCUUCUCUCCGCCGCCCGGAGCGGGCGAGCGGGGGGCGACCGCAGGAGGCGCAGGCGCGGAGGCAGCAAUUCAUCUCCGCCAUCCGCGCGCAGCUCGCGCAGGUGGAGUCCGCCGUCCGCCGCUCGUCCCCGCCCGGGGAAAUCGCUCGUCCGCCGCGACCGGCGGGUUUCCCCCCAUCCGGCGCUGCUCCUUCCGCCGCGAAUGUAGGCGCAUCAGGGAGCCAUUCCGCUGCGGAUUCGUCGCGUUCGUCGCAACCGUCGCUGCUUCUUUCCUCGUUGUCCUCGAGUUUCUUCGGCUCUGUGUCACGCGCUGCUGGAGCAAGCACCCGCACUACCAGCAGCAGCGGCCAGACGAAAGCUGGUUGUAGCAGCAGCAGCAGCACCGGCGGCAGCAGCAGCAGUAGGGACCAGGUCACAUCAGACCACUUAGUUAGUUUCCUUUCCGCGCCUUCCCCCCCUCCGCCCUCCGUCAUCUCCCCGCAAGAGCUGCAGCUACGCCCGCUCGCUAUACGGAAACCAGAUGCACCUGUAACGAGCAGCUGGCGAGGGGCAGGUGAUUAUAGAGGGCGUGAAUGUAAGGGAAAUGCGCAUCUGGCAGCAGCAGCUCCAGCCCAGAGCGACAGUAAGGCAGCUUACGUGGGGCCAGCGUGGGUCUCGCACGUAGAGACUGUCAGGAGCGAAGGGAGAACGCGUUACGAACCGUGUCAGGGGCAAGGGCAGUGGCGGCAGCAGCAGCAGCAGCAGCACGCGGGAGCGUUUGCGUGGGAUGAAAGGGCAGCGAGAGAACAGCCCGUGAAUGGGAGCAGAGCAGGUGGGGGCGAAGCUCGAGCAGGCAUGGGGACAACCCCAGCGGCUGCAGCUGCGGGGAGUGCUACUGGUGGCGGCGGUUUCGCUGCCAUGCCUGCUUACUUGUCGCAAUGGUUACAUCCUGGUAGCACGCCGACAUCCGCAGUGUCAGUCGCAGGCAGGUGGAUGCAAGGCAGCCGAGUGGGAGGGGGGGAUGGUCAAGGCGAGGGCGAGGAGGAGGAGGAGGAGGAUGCAGCAUGCGUCGGGAAGAGGUGUGUAGAUUACCUGUCGGAGAGUGAGGGGGAGAGGGACGAUGUGAGUGGGGCCACGGCGAGAGGGAGAGCAUGUGUGGCGCAGCUUAGGGCAGAGAGCCAGGCAGCAGUGAGAGCGUGCGUGGCCAGAGACGCGUCAGCAGGAACAGGUGUCGGUCGGCGAAAAGGAGGUGCCUCGUUUUCUUCCCUUCCCGGCCCUGCCCUGGUGGCAGCAGGGGCAGCAUCAGUAGCAGGGGCAGCAGGGGCAGAAGCAGCGGAUUAUUCAGCAUUGCCACAUUCCGCCCUCCCACCCAUGCAGCCACCAGUAAUCCACCCAUUGUCAGGCCCUAUACUGAACCCUCUAGCACGUGAGGCGCCACAGCCGCGCAGCCAGGAUGAACAGCCACUCUCCCCUUCCACACGCCAUCCCCUAUUGCCUCACUCCACUGCGCUGCCUCGCCCGCCCCAGCGUGGUGCCUUUCAGUGGGUGGCGUUCCUGCUACAGCAGCUACAGCAGGGGGUGGAGCGGGGAAGCUUGGGGGAGCAGAGCCACGUGCAGGCGCGGGGGGAGAAGCACACGUGCUGCCACGACGGGCACCACUGUGGCAGUGAUGGUGGGGGCGUUGGAGGAGCAGGAGACAGCAGAGUGGGAGGAGGAGUAGGGAGAGGAGGAGCUGCCGCAGGGCCAGAGUUGAAGCUGGGGAGCUUGUCGUGUCUCACUGUGGCUGACCUUGAACUGGGCCUUGCUCAUUUCAAUGCCUGCAAUGCCACCACCAACAAUGCAACCACCAACGGCUGCAGCAGCAGCAGUCGCUUCCGCCGCUUCAACUCCUUCUGGCCGGUGGCCUCCUCCCCCGCCCCUCCUCCCAUGACCGAGGAAGACGACGAAGAAGCCCACCGACGUGUGGUCGGCUGGCAGCUAUCAGUCAAGCGUCGCCGCCCGUUGCUCGGUGGCAGCAGCUCCGGUGUUACUGGCAGCGGCACUGGUGGUGGUGGUGGUGGUGGUAGUGCUAGCACUUGCAGCAGCAACAGUAAUGCUAGUGGGGUGUCAUGGGCUAGUGGCUCUGGUGAUGCGGGCUUGACAGCUCUGCAGGUGGUGGCUGUGGUUGUGUGUACUUCAGUGGUGGUGUGUGUGGUGCUGCUGCUGCUGCUGAAGCUUCACUCGUCGGCUGGAGAGGCGGAUUCCAGUGGCAGUGGCAUGUCAAGCGAGUGACUGGGUGACUGGGUGGUGCUGCGUCCUUGACCGUGCACUCAUUUUUGCUCUUCGCACUUCCGCUGUUGACCCCCUGCCUGGUUUGAGCAGACGACUGUAUUGAUUUCAUUCAUCCCCCAUCAUUCAUUUUCCACCAGGCAAUUGUGUCUGUUUUUUUAGGUGGCCUUGUCAAGUUGGCCUCUCCCUUUUCUCUCAAUUUUGUUCAAUAAUGUGUCAUAGGUUCAUUGCAUGUCUAGUCUGUCGUAAUCUUUCCCAAUAAUGCAUAUCUAUGGCU